CUAACAGGCAGUCUCCCCCCACCCGCCGCUGAUGCAAAUCCUUCCAACUAAGGGUCCCUGGGGUGUCUGCCCCAGUUGGCCUGGAGGGCCCCAAUUGCUACGUUCCUGUUGCUGUAAUGAGAUCAAUUUGGCAGUAUCGGGGGUGCUGCAACGCGGUCAGAAGCUGGAGGGAGAGGAGAUGGGGGGCCCUGAGCAUUUCGCUCAACGCCGGAAAGGACAGAUGGAUGAAUUUACUGUGGUCAGUGGUCCCAAGGCUGGAAGGAACCUCAGGGAACCAAAGCUGGGGGAGAAGCACUAUCUCCAGCUCGUCUCUCAAAGCCUUGCUCUCCCACCAAGAGCGGAGGCCACAGCUGGCCAGCUGUGGGCCGCGGCCGGGGAAAGGGUUAUGACUCAUUGAUUAAAAAGGACUUUUCCAAAUACUUUGCACUUUCGAUUGUGUAUUAUGGAUACCAAGGAAGAGAAGAAGGAACGGAAACAAAGUUAUUUUGCUCGAUUGAAAAAGAAAAAGCAAGCCAAACAAAAUGCAGAGACAGCCUCAGCCAUAGCUGCAAGGACUCAAACUGGAGAAGAAGAUACUAAUACAGUCACUUUAGAACAAGAUAAGUGCAACAUUGCUGUGGAAGAAUAUAUUGCUGAUGAAAAAAAAAAGAGAAAAAAUAAUCAGUUAAAGGAGAUCAGGCGUACAGAACUAAAGAGAUAUUAUAGUGUUGAUGACAAUCAAAACAAAACACAUGAUAAAAAAGAGAAGAAGAUGCUGGUUCAAAAGCCCCAUGGUACCAUGGAAUACACUGCUGGAAGCCAGGACACCCUUAACUCCAUUGCACUGAAGUUUAACAUCACUCCUAAUAAAUUAGUGGAACUGAAUAAACUUUUCACGCAUACCAUUGUUCCAGGCCAGGUCCUUUUUGUUCCAGAUGCCAAUUUUCCUUCCAGUACCUUAAGGUUAUCAUCUUCCAGUCCUGGUGCUACUGUCUCUCCUUCAUCAUCAGAUGCAGAAUAUGAUAAACUGCCUGAUGCUGAUUUAGCAAGAAAGGCCUUAAAACCCAUUGAAAGAGUCUUAUCAUCUACUUCUGAAGAAGAUGAGCCAGGCGUGGUAAAAUUCUUAAAAAUGAAUUGUCGCUACUUCACUGAUGGAAAGGGUGUGGUCGGAGGCGUCAUGAUUGUCACUCCUAACAACAUCAUGUUCGACCCUCACAAGUCCGAUCCCCUGGUCAUUGAAAAUGGGUGUGAGGAGUACGGGCUCAUCUGCCCCAUGGAGGAAGUGGUUUCCAUUGCCCUCUACAAUGACAUUUCCCACAUGAAGAUCAAAGAUGCCUUGCCAUCUGACCUACCUCAGGAUCUUUGUCCUCUGUACAGGCCUGGAGAAUGGGAAGACCUGGCUUCUGAAAAGGAUAUCAACCCAUUCAGUAAGUUCAAAUCUCUCAACAAGGAUAAACGGCAGCAGAAUGGGGAGAAAGCAAUCAUCUCAGAUUCCAAGUUGACAAAACCUUCGGAAAAAUCACCAGAAUGUGGCACACCUACAAAGUGCUCAGACAGCCCUCUGUCAGAAAAGUUAAAGAACCUGGAGACCUCUGUGGAGACAACCAGUGUAUCUACCAUCGUGAAUAAGGCCAGCAAGCAACUUUCUGACUCUCAUGCUGCAAUGGACUCUAUAGCCAAAGAAAACUCCCUUUUAGGGGAAGAUGAUGACUUUGUUGACUUGGAAGAACUUUCUUCUCAAACCAAUAGCAGAAUGGAUAAAAGAGAUGCCUCUAAAGAGCACCUUUCUCUUGACCCAGAGAUGCUAAGGAAAGCUAAGUCCCAAAUAAUCAGUUCUGAUACAGAAAUGCAGGUGCAGUCAGCUCUGAACUUUUCAGGAACAGAGAGUGAUGCUGAACUGAAGGGAGCCCUAGAUUUAGAAGCCUGUGAGAAGCAAGAUAAAAUGCCAGAGAUGGACAAGCAGUCUAGUUCCCCAGAAAGCCAGGUUGAAAACACACUGAACAUACAGGAAGAUCUAGAUAAAGUCAAACUCAUUGAAUAUUACCUUAAUAAGAACAAAGAAGGGUCACAGUUAUCUGACAACUUGCAGAAGGCAGAAAUAAGUGAUGGCAAAUGCCUUGAACCAGUGGGAAUAGAUAUCACCCUUAGUAGUGCUCUUCCCCAGGCAGGUGAUUCCCCAAAUGAGGGCAAUAAAGAGCAAGGUGUAACCUGGGUAAAAGAGAGAGAGCCCCUUCCACUGCAGCUUGUCUCUUCUGCAGAAGAAAAUUUGAGUAAAGAGUCCCUAGACUCCUCUUUGGAAUCAGCUAUGGACAACAGCUGCCAAGGCACACAAAUGGAUGAUAAAUCAGAAAUUCAAUUAUGGCUUUUAAAGAGAAUUCAGGUACCCAUUGAAGAUAUACUUCCUUCAAAAGAAGAGAAAAGCAAGACUCCACCCAUGUUUCUGUGCAUUAAAGUGGGAAAACCCAUGAGAAAAUCCUUUGCCACUCACACCGCAGCCAUGGUCCAGCAGUAUGGCAAGCGAAGAAAGCAACCAGAGUACUGGUUUGCUGUUCCUCGGGAGAGGGUGGAUCACUUGUACACGUUCUUUGUUCAAUGGUCUCCUGAUGUCUAUGGGAAAGAUGCCAAAGACCAAGGCUUUGUGGUGGUGGAAAAGGAAGAACUGAAUAUGAUCGACAACUUCUUCAGUGAGCCGACCACUAAGAGCUGGGAGAUCAUCACAGUUGAGGAGGCAAAGCGCAGGAAGAGUACAUGCAGCUACUAUGAGGAGGACGAGGAGGAGGCGCUGCCGAUCCUGCAGCCCCACAGUGCUCUUCUGGAGAACAUGCACAUAGAGCAGCUGGCACGGCGCCUUCCAGCAAGGGUGCAAGGUUAUCCAUGGAGACUUGCAUAUAGCACAUUAGAACACGGGACCAGCUUGAAAACCCUGUAUCGGAAGUCAGCGUCACUGGACAGCCCGGUCCUAUUGGUCAUUAAAGAUAUGGAUAAUCAGAUUUUUGGAGCAUAUGCAACACAUCCUUUCAAGUUCAGUGACCACUAUUAUGGAACAGGCGAAACUUUUCUCUACACGUUUAGCCCUAAUUUCAAGGUCUUUAAGUGGAGUGGAGAAAACUCAUAUUUUAUCAAUGGAGACAUAAGUUCUUUAGAACUUGGUGGUGGAGGGGGACGGUUUGGUUUGUGGCUAGAUGCUGAUUUAUACCAUGGACGAAGCAACUCCUGCAGCACUUUCAAUAAUGAUAUUCUUUCCAAAAAGGAAGACUUCAUAGUUCAGGACCUCGAGGUAUGGACAUUUGAGUGAAACUCAGACUGCCUUAAAAUAAAACAUGAAAAAUACUGGGUUCAACCAGCCUUUCAAACACCGGCUGGAAGAUGAAGCGUCAGCCCAGAAUGCCUCAUCCCUCCAUCAAGCUUUCUUUCUGCCAUCAUCUCAGAGCAUGACCACACUGCAGGAAGAUUCUGAAGGGCACAUGUGGAGGGCAGACACUGAAGUUUGAAGUCCAGAUUGUUGGAAAACUUUAAACUCCCACUUCCUUCAAAUCCAUCCAGUGAGGGAUCAGAGUAUUUAUAGAUGUAUGAGUUGAAUGCAAUUUUUAUUUUUGGUAACUGUGAAAAAAAAAGAUACUGUGGAAAUAUAUACAUGCCUUGUGUAUUUAUCAACAUAAUUUUCAUUACCAAAAUGUACAGCAUACUGUUGUUUGCCAUGGAAAGGUUAGUCUCAUUUAGAAAAAUUGAAGGUGCAUAGCACUUAAAGGGAAUAAAUGAUUUUUUUUUAAAAAACUAUCUUAUUUAUUAUGUCCAGUAUAUUGUCUGAAAUGUGUUGGCAUUUUUUUCUUUUAAUGUGUAAAAUCUUGAGAUAAAUGUUCACAUUUUGUGCUAUGUUUUGGCAACAAAUCCAUUUGAUUUAUAUAGUUUUAUAUUGAAUUUUUUUUUUGCCCUGAUUGUUUAGGGUGAUAGGUCUUAAGUAGCAUAUAUAUCUAUCUAUAUAUGCAUAAUUCUGAAUUUUUAAAAACUCAUUACCAUUGUUCAUUGAUUUGACUUUUGUUAGACUGGUUUCCCAAUGAGUCAUUAAAAAGGUACAUUUUUAGUUACUUACUAGGGACAUCAUUAUGUAAAAAAGAAUAAGCCAUUUCUCACGCUCUUAAGUUGGUAUUUAUAAAGUAAAUACCUUUAUGAAGCCAGACUUAGGACAAAUCCUGCUUUUAAAAAGAAAACAUUUUGCUCUUUUAAAUUCAUGUGUGUUAAUAACAAAAACUUUAUUUUCAUAGUGUUUUUUGCAUUUCCCCCAACUUUUUACAUUAACAAACAGGCCCCUGUUUUACAACAGGCCUCUGUUUUAAAAGGAUCUGGGUGUUUUAAUUUCUUCAUAUAUUAUAUCAAAUGAAAAACAUCAAAUUGUCUUGGUCCCUGCCUCUUCUACUAGAGAAAAAGCAAUGCAAAGAAAUGCAUUAAUACCAAAAUUUGGGGAAAUAAAACCAUUUUUAACAACCCAUUUCCAUAUCAUAAAACAUUUCUUAAAAAUAAUAAGAAAGUCUGUUAAAAAAAUGACAAAUAUUGCUGAUUACCAGACUUUUAUGAAAGCCAAAGACUUAAUGGAAAAAACUUUCAAACAAGAGCCAAAGCUGAGAAGUGGUCUGUCAUAAAUUACAUCUCCAGUGAUCUUUGAAAGGAAAGCUUAAUAACAAGUAUUUGUAUACCUGCAUUAAAAAUAAAAGUUCUUAUUUAGUUGAGUGUCUUCUUUUUUUAAAAACUAUUCUAAAGAAGAACAAAUCUCCAAGUGGCCUCCUGUCAGAUCAAUGAUUAUUUUACUCCAUUCACAUUCCAUGCAAGUUUAAAUGAUGCUAAAAAUUGUAAAUCUGUAGCCUGGGUGUGCUUUCACCCAAGUUCACUUAUUGAGAACUCUCGAUUAACAACAUACUGGCCGUUUGACCUUAAUCUGCUUGUUAAAUAAUGUGUUGGUGUGAGAUACCAGGAAUGUCUCAUGGUGAUCACAUUUACCAUUUAUACCAUUUGCAACCAUAUGCAAUUAAUAAACAAAAUGGUCAUUUUGCAUAUAGUUCACUCUUACCUAGUUUAGUCCAUGAUAUUAUAAUUGUGAGAGCAUAUCCCAAUGCUGUGUUCUCUAUUUAAAACAGUAUUGUCCAAUCAAAAAUGUGUGGCCCUUCAUUUAUGGAUACUGAAUAUAUGUAAUGCAGUGCUAUCCCAAUAUUUUCAAUAAAGGAAUUUAUGCACACAGUGUGAUUUUCUUCCUG